AUGCCGGAUAAAUUACUUCAUAAUGUAUCACUUUUCUUGCAGAAACUCGCGAUGGAUCAAUUCCAAGCACUCAUCGAACCUGGCCGUCAGUUCGCUAAAGAUUCAAUCCGAUUGGUGAAAAGGUGUACGAAACCAGAUAGAAAAGAAUACCAGAAAAUCGCCGUUGCAACCGCCAUCGGCUUUGCUAUCAUGGGUUUCAUCGGAUUCUUCGUUAAGCUUAUCCACAUCCCAAUCAAUAACAUCAUCGUCGGAGCGUAA